AUGCCCGCGAAGUGGUCUACCGUUCCGCUGGUGCUGCUUGCGUUGGUGAUGGCCGAUCGGGCCUUCUGCACGCCAAGGGAGGCUGCCUUCGAGCUGAUCGUGCUGCACAACAGCGAUAUGCACGCCCGGUUUGAGCAAACCGGAGCUUACGGCGAAGAGUGUAAACCGUCGGAUGUGGCCAACAACCGCUGCUACGGUGGAUUUGCACGUGUCGCACACAAAGUACGAGAAUAUAGGCGGGCAGAAUUGUUCGGGGGUCUUCCAGUACUAUACCUCAACGCCGGCGAUACCUACACCGGGACAGCGUGGUUCACAGUGUACCAGAACACCAUUGCAGCCGCCUUUCUCAACCGACUCCAACCGGAUGCCAUUAGCCUUGGAAACCACGAGUUCGAUCUUGGAGUGGAUGGGCUGGUACCGUUCCUGAACGAGGUGAAGUUUCCGGUGGUGGUAGCCAACCUUAACCUUUCCAACACGCCAACGAUGCGCAACAUCAGUGCACUUCGUCGGUCGACGGUUUUUACGAAAGCCGGUGUCCGGGUCGGAGUGAUCGGUUAUCUGACACCGGAAACGAAGCAAAUAACGCCGGCCAGCACGGUCGCGUUUACGGACGAGAUUAAGGCAAUCAACAUCGAAGCGGCGGCACUGAAGGCGCAAGGUGUGAACAUUUUGAUCGCACUCGGCCACAGCGGACUGGAGCGCGACCGAGCGAUUGCAGCCGGGUGCCCCGAGGUCGAUGUGGUGAUCGGAGGUCAUUCGCAUACGUUCCUUUACAGUGGCACCGUGCCAGAUGUGGACGUACCGGCCGGCCCGUACCCGGUGAUGGUGACGAAUGCCGUCGGGAAGCAGGUGCCAGUCGCACACGCGUACGCGUACACGAAAUACCUCGGCUGUUUGCAUCUGCAGUUCGAUGCGGAUGGGAACCUGAUGACAGUGAACGGCAAUCCGAUUCUGCUGAACGGUAGCGUCCAUCGUGAGGCCGACGUGCUACGGCUGCUACAACGAUUCCGGCCGGGUGUCAUGCAGCUGGGCUACCAGAUUGGGCAUACGAACGUGCAUCUCGACGCGAGCCGCUGCCGCUUCGAGGAGUGUAACAUCGGCAAUAUGCUCGCCGACUCGCUGGUUGCCGUAAACGCGGACAACUACAAGAAAUCCGACGACGGAGACUGGACCAACGCUGCAAUCGGGUUUAUCCAAGGUGGCAGCAUACGAGCAUCCCUGAGCGUGGGUGCAAUUUCCAGGAAGGACAUCAAAACGGUACUACCAUUCGGUAACAUAGUGGCAGUGACGGAGCUCAACGGGACCCAGCUGCGUCAGAUACUCGAGCACAGCGUACACCGGUACGACGGCGUGACCGGAUACGGGGAGUUUCUGCAAAUGGCCGGUGUGCACGUCGUCUACGACCUAUCGCGUCCACCGCUAGAGCGAGUGGUUGACGUCGAGGUACGAUGCGCCCAGUGCAAGGUCCCCAGGUACGCACCACUGAAGGAUGAUGCAUCGUAUCGCGUUAUCGUGAGCCAGUUUCUCUACCAAGGUGGUGACGGAUUUACCAUGUUUGCCGAUUCCGACCACGAACAGCUGCUCUACGGAGAGUACGAAAUCGCUGAACAGUACCUGAAGCACUACUCGCCCAUCUAUCCGGCCAUAGAGAACCGCAUUCGCUUCGAGUGUCAACUCGACAGUGGUCCACCUAAUUCUACCACGGUCGAACUAAGCGACUACGAUAGGAAUAUUGCAAACCUAGCUUUCGUCUUCCUUGGUAUGAUAAUUAUGGCAACGCUGCUAGAAUCGAUUCGUUACUUCUUCAUGAUAACCUUACCUCCAGUGGGUUAA